ACGACGAAGAAGGCGCAGGUGCAUGUAUGUUGCAGGCAGUGAAAGUAUCCACGAGUGCAGCUACGAUCUGCCAUCUGUCAAUGCCCUCUUGUCUAUAGCCAGUCUUGUUCUAACGGCGCCGUUUAUCGCGCGAUUCGUGCCUUUAGUCAUCAUAACCGGUAAUCCUUAGUGCCGCUGCAACAAAAUCCUGUAUUUAGCCUCAAUAAAAAAAUACAAUUUUAACCACAAAGGUGAAUCUCGCGAAUUUCGAUUAAUCAAUUUUCUCAAAACUUUCGUUGUUAUCAUCGUCAUCUUAAAAAAAAAAUCAUGACCAAGAAGCUGUGGGCCAUCCUCCUUGUCGUUGGAUGCACGGCAACUCUCUCCUCUGACAGCAGCCCUGAAUAUGUAAAGCAAUGUUCCAAAAGCGAUCCGAAAUUGAUAACUUGUCUGAUCGACGCUCUGCACCAUCUGCGACCAUAUUUGAGUGUUGGAAUACCUGAAAUCGAAUUGCCCUCAGUAGAACCGUUCCGUAUGGACGAGCUGACUCUCUCCCUGACAGGUGGCACGAACGGUUAUAAGAUUCAAUUACGGGAUCUUUAUAUAAGGGGCGCAAGUAACUAUACGGUGGAGGAUAUCAAACUCGGGUCACCCUUUCAAGCGAUUGUGCGACUACCGGCCCUUAUACUAGACGCACAUUAUUCCAGUUCUGGCGUAUUAAUAAUUUUGCCCGCAAGUGGAAAUGGCACGUUUCACGCGCGCUUCGGAGAUGCUAGAGCGUUAGUAAGAGGAACUGUUUCAACAAAAUCACAAGAAGAAAAGACAUAUCUAAAUGUCGAUAACCUCGAUGUUGUGCUCGGAGUGAAAGAUGUGCAAAUGCGAGUUAGCAAGAUUUUCAACAACAAUCGAAUACUCACCGAGGCAAUCAAUCUCUUUCUCCGAGAAAAUGGACAAGAAGUGUUGAAAUUGAUGGAACCGCAGCUAAAGAAAAAAUUAUCGGCACUCUUUGCUGGCAUUGUCAAUCAAUUGUUGCGACACGUGCCAGUGGAAUCGUUUCUUAUACCUUAAGAUAUAUCUAUAUCGUAUUUUCAUUAGUAAUUAUUAGUUUCCUCUCAUUGAAAUCAACGAUAGAUUUUAAAUAUGCACGAAAAGAAAAUAAUAUAUUGUAGCAUAAAAGUGGAAUAUAUCACACAUUAGAAUUAAAAAAACACAAUGCGCGGGCGCACAUAAAUCGCUUAUCAAUUUUUAAGUAAUGAACUAAUUUUGUUUUGACACUUUUUUCAAGAUUGAUAUUUGUUAAUGUUUAUGUUUUAUUUUUUGUGAUUGAUUGCUUAUUCGUGGAAAAAAUAUUAAUUGUUUGAUUCGAUAAUCAGAGAUGUUGUCCGAAAGAGACAAUUAAAUUUAAAGAUUAUAAUAGAUAAUUCUCAUUGAUCGUUAAUUCUCCUAGAUGAAGAUAUUAUAUGAUAUUAUAUUAUACUAAAUAAUAUACAUAAUUGUUGCUUAUAUCAUAGUAAAGCAGAGGUAUAUAAAGUGUUAUGGUAUUAAGUUUUCAAUGUGGUAUUGCAUUUUUAGCGCACAAUGGAAUUAAUGGUAUAUCGUUAGAAUAAAACAAAUGUAUAUUUUAUUAUAUAAAUGUAUGAUAAAAAUUAA